AUGGUAGUUUUAGGAGGGGUUUCGGGCAUCCAAAUUCAGGGUUGGGAUUUGCGUUUUAGAAGGAAUCUGUUCGAUAGGGAGGUCACCAAUCUCUCUCAGUUAUUACUUUUGUUAGAAAGGGUGGCUUUACCAGUAGUUUUAGAAGAUCGGAGGGCGUGGUUACCCGAUGGUAAUGAAGUUUUCUCUUGCAAAUCGGCCUUUUGGAGGUUAAGCUAUGCUCAAUUGGGUUCUGUUCGGGAGUGGGGAAAGUCUUUGUGGAAAAGUGUCUCUCCAUCGAGAGUUAAAUUGUUUGGUUGGCUGGUUUUCAACGAUAAACUUAAUGUUCAUGACAACGUGCAAAGAAGAAGACCCUACCAUUGUUUGUCCCCUGCUUGGUGCGUUUGUUGUAAGGAGGCAGGGGAGUCCACUAGCCAUUUAUUCUUGGAGUGUCAUUUCUCAAGAGAAGUGUGGGGAAAAGUCUUAGCUGAGUUUGGUAUUCUUUGGUGUAUGCCCUCUAACUAUUCUCAAUUGUUUCUCACUAAGUUAGGGGGCGGCAAGCGAGUUUCACGUCUCUGGCAGACUACCGUGUUGGCAACUUUUUGGGCCUUAUGGCUAGAGAGAAAUAACAGACUAUUCGAAGAUAUUUCUAAUUCUGUAGAGACUAUUUGGGAUAAGAUAAAAUUUUGGGUGGCUACUUGGGUGUAUAGAAACAAAUUUUUUGAAGGGGUUCCCUUUUCUGACCUUAUUAGAGAUUGGGGCAACUUCUAG